AUGUCGGAAGAAGCUCCAGCACCUGCUGCCGCUCCGGCCAAGAAGAAGGCUUCCAAACCCAAGAAGGUCGGCCCCAGCGUCGGCGAGCUCAUUGUCAAAACUGUGGCCGCCUCCAAGGAGCGCAGCGGCGUGUCCGCAGCCGCUCUCAAGAAGGCUCUGGCCGCCGGAGGCUACGAUGUGGACAAGAACAAGGUUCGCGUCAAGACCGCCAUCAAGAGCCUGGUGGCUAAAGGCACUCUGGUCCAGACCAAGGGCACCGGGGCCUCCGGAUCCUUCAAGAUGAGCAAGAAGGCCGCCGAGACCAAGGACAAGAAGCCCGCAAAGAAAGCCGCUCCCAAAGCCAAGAAGCCCGCAGCGGCCAAGAAACCCGCCGCCGCAGCAGCGGCCAAAAAGCCCAAGAAGACGGCGGCAGCCAAGAAGCCCGCCGCAGCCGCUAAGAAGUCCCCCAAGAAGGCCAAGAGCCCCAAGAAAGCGGCCGCAGCCAAGAAGCCCGCCAAGAGCCCCAAGAAAGCGGCCGCCAAGAGCCCCAAGAAGGCGACCAAGAAGGCCCCCGCAGCAGCCAAGAAAGCCCCCGCUAAGAAAGCAGCCAAGCCCAAAGUCAAGAAGGCCGCGCCAGCCAAGAAGAAGUGAGCUCCCCUCACAUUCAA